UUCCAAAGAAAAAAUGGCGUUUUCCUUUAACGUGUGUAGGUUACAUAUGCGGGGAAAGAUUAUCUUUGGAAACUGCUUCCAGAGACUUGAUACGUUUUUUCACAGGAGUUUUGGGACAAAAGCUGUUUUCGCUCAAGCGGAGGCAGUUCGGGGAGGCGAAAGCGAAAAGAAUGGGCGUAAGUCUUUGGACGAACUCCUGGUGGAGAGGCAAGAACAGGCGGAGAAAUCUGUUCUUAUCAGCUGCCAAUCCAAAAACAGUGAGAAAAAGUUCCUCAAGUUUCUAUCAAAUCACGGAGACGUUAAGAAGUACUUCUUUUAUGAAAGCYGUGGAGUGUAUGCUGUAGUAGAAUUUGCCAGUCGGGACAAUGUCUCCUCUUUACUUGAAUCGGCUUCUAUCCCAAGUGUCAGCCAUCAAUUCGUGGUGCCUUUCAAAUCGAGACUUCUGUCCUUCAGAAACCACAGCACAGCGGAUAUGGGGAACACACGGUUGAGCCUGUGUCAGCCUCAGAGCACCAUUCCCUUCACAGAACUCAUCCAAAGGCUGUCCGCUGAGGAGAGUGUAGAGCAGCAGAUAGUCUCCCUGACCAAGUCCUAUCAGCUGACAGAGGAAAACAUCAGGCUGCGUUUCCUCGUCUGCUCUCUCCUCAAAGACAUAGUGGGUGCCUAUUUCCCAGAAUGCACCAUCAGACCAUUUGGCUCGUCGGUGAACGGCUUUGGGAAGCUCGGCUGUGACCUGGACAUGCUCCUUGAUCUGCACAGCAUCAGUGGGUGGGGCGUGAAAAGGCCCAGAUCCAGUCUCUCCCUGGAGUACGAGAUGAAGCUGGUCAACACGGGGCGAGCCACCGUCCAAAGCAUCCUGUCUGUGAUCGGGGAGUGCGUGCAUCACUUUGGGCCCGGCUGUGUGGGGGUGCAGAAGAUUCUACAAGCCCGAUGCCCGCUGUUGCGCUUUUCCCACAAGCCCUCAGGUUUCCAGUGUGACCUCACGGCCAACAACAGGGUGGCGUUGAAGAGCACAGAGCUCCUGUAUCUGUAUGGAGAGCUGGACCCACGGGUGCGCAGUCUGAUUUUCGCCGUCAGGUGCUGUGCCUGGGCCAACGGUAUCACCAGCAGCGUAGCAGGACCCUGGAUCACCAACUUCUCCCUCACGAUCAUGGUGCUGUUCUUUCUGCAGAGGAGAAGCCCUCCCAUUAUCCCCACACUGAACCGUCUCCGUGACCUCGCAGGUCCUGAAGACAAAUGCAUGAUUGAGGGGAGCGACUGCACGUUUGUCAAAGACUUCAGCAAGAUCCCGCUUCAGAGCAACACAGAGACACUGGAUCAUCUGCUGUGUGAAUUCUUUGAGUUCUACGCCACUUUUCCUUUCAGCAGGAUGUCUAUAAAUAUCAGAAAGGGAAAAGAGCAGAACAAACCAGAGAUGACACCACUGCACAUCCAGAACCCUUUCGAAACCUCCCUGAACGUCAGCAAGAACGUCAACUCCACCCAGUUGGACCGCUUUGUGGCUCUGUGUCGGGAGAGCUCCUGGCUGCUCCAGCAGGACAAAACCAACACACCCAGGGGUGCAUCUGAAGACAACAUUAUUAAACUGUGGGGGCUCGCCUCCCUACUUUUGCCUUCACAUGUCACAAGGAACAAAAGUCACAAAAUCAAAAAGCAGGGUCCUUCCAGUGAGAUGAUCAAGGACUUUCUAGAGUCUUUGAAGAACAAAAACGAAGAAUAGACCAGCUAAAGACUCCUGAGUAUUUCAUGGACUGCCUUUAGAUUCUUGUCAGAACUGUAACCCACACAUCCGUGGCACUUCUUUAAAGUCACAUGGCUCACCCAAACUGUGAGAGUAGGAGGCAGCUCCAGAACAUGGGUUGUAGUUACCAACAUGGACACUUGAGGGUGUUACUGCAGCCUAUAUGUGCUUAUGUUGGGUAGCUGUACAUUACUGUAGACUUCCCACAUUGUUCUAAUAGACAAUGAUACUAUGGACUGUUAUAGAUACAGCCUAAUUCUGUCUUUUUACAACUUUAUUGGAUUUUAUGUGUGAGGCUAUUUUACGUUUACCAUAAUUUCUGCACCAUAUUACAGCUGGAAUGGAGCUUUUACUGAAAAGUAAAAUAUUCAUUAUUGACUAUGUGAGUGAUGUUUAAUGAAUGUGGCUGGAAGGUAAAUAAAUUAUAAAUAUAUUACAUCUUUAAAAUUCCUUUAUGCCCUUCAAAUAAACAAAUAUGUUGAGUUA